AUGGAAGAACUUAGUCACAAAGACGACAUCGAAGACAAACUUCAAACUAAAGAUGGAGUCUGCGAUCUCUGUCAAUCUGGAGAAGACACAUCAGUGCUUCCGUGUCGUCACCGAUUUUGUCAUCCAUGCCUGGGGCAGUUACAAGUGACAGAACGAGAGGGGGAGUUAACUUGUGUAGUGUGCAGUUCUAAUGCCCCCCUCACCCAAAAUGGCGCUCGACAAGAAGACGAAAAAGGCUACUCGCAAUCGAAGCUCCCAGGGAUUAACACAAUUGACGGGACAGCCGAGACACAGUCUACAGGACAACAGCAACCGGAAAGGUCCAAGCAUUCAGAGCAGAAAAUUGCAACCUUUAAUUCGGUACAAAAGGAGCUACCCUCUGAAUCGGAGGCACCGAAUGUUGACCAUAGAAAUGUGGUGACAACAGGUAAGCCAAAAGAGGGACAAGUAGAAGACGUAGAAUAUUUCUUGUGCUUAAACAAUUCGGACACCAAGAAUUCGCCCAAAGGUACGGUGGAGAAAGAGUUGCUGCCUGAGCCAAAAGAGACUGACACAACAGAAUAUGAGGAUACAAGAGAGUCGGGUGACAUCUAUCAUUUUCAAGAUUUAAACAUUCAAGAUGUAAUGGCAGAAUCUGAAAGGGAAAGUGAGAAAUCGUAUUCUGGAUCGACGUUACUUAAAACAGCAACGACAGCAAAAUCAGCAAAAACAAAAACAACAACAACAACUACAGCAGUGACAGCUCCAAAAUCAGCAGCAAAAACAACCACAGUAGAAAAAACAGCAGCAACGUUAACUACAACACCAGCAGCAAAAGCAGCAGCAGCAACAGCAGCAGAAAUACCAACAAUAGUUUCAGAGAAAACAACAACAACAGCAGAAGUAACAACACCAGCAGCAAAAGCAACAACAGAAAAAACUACACCAGUAGCAGCGAAAACAACAACAGCAGAAGUAACAACACCGGUAGCAGCAAAAACAACAGCAGAAGUACCAACAACAGUUGCAGAGAAAACAACAACAGCAGAAAAAACAACAACAGCAGCAGCAACAACAACGACAACAGCUACAGAAGACCCUGCCAGACAGGAAGAGGCCCCGAGAAGAUCCCAUCGUUUGAACUCCGAGGACCGUAAAUACAUUCUAGUUUCGAAAAAGGGACGCAAAAGUCAGCAGGGCGAAUCGGGAGAUUCGAAGUUACAUGUCAGAUUUGACAUGGCAGCAUCGACAGUUAUAUAUGGACAGAUAGGUCCAGAAGAAAUGACAGAGAGUCUGCAACAUGGAGAUGAAGACAAGAAGGGAGUUAAUAUGAGUUCUCCGGGCAGAGAUAUCGGAACACAGCCCAAAGAGUUGUCGUUACACCACAAGAAGGGGACAUGUAAGUGCUCGAGGGGUGAAGUUAAAACCGUGCACUGUAGCGUCUGCCAGAAAUAUGUCUGCCUUCACUGCGCCACACACGAACACAAAGACCACUCCGAGGAAGAGAUACAAGAAGCUCUGGACAAGGAGAAAGACAAGAUAAAGCACGGAUUAGACAUCGCCAGCACAUGUGCCGAAGCACAUCACAAGAGAGUCGACGAACUCGCAGAAUCAGAGCAAAAUCUUUUGAACCAAUUUGAAAACAUGACCAUAAGGAUCGCCGACCAUUCAGAAAUUGCUCUUAGUUUGAUAAACGAGCGGGUUGAAAGCAUCGUUCAAGCCGUACAGGAUGAAGCAGAGAAGGUUCGAGAGUCCGUUCGUAGUUUUAAGGCUGAAAGCUUGGAAGAUCUUAUUGCAGCUUUCGAGGAACGACGGAAGAACAUAGCCGAAGAACGCGAAGCUGCGCAAGUAGCGUUUGCAGCGUCUUCAAGCUACACUAACAUCUCACGAAAGAUACUCGAAGAUGGCAGCUCCGCAGUGGUGCUGACUUCAUCCAACAGCCUUUCUGAAGUCUUCAAAACGUUGAAAUACCCACAUGAGAAGACGCCUGUGCCAAGUGCAAUACCGCCGGAUUACGACAGGCGUCUCUGGUUCAUGGCGCCUCAAGUGGACCUCAAUGGGGAGAUACAGAAAUGGUUCGGCAAAGUCGUAAACGGUUCUUGUAAAGAAAUAGUUGCGGAAGGAACGAAACGAGAAACAAAAUCUCCAGCAUCACAACAAUGUCCAACAUUGAUAGCAACGCUAAAAAGCGCCACCACGCAGCUCCACCGGACAUUCAGCGUGGCAACAGACGAGGAAAACGACAUCAUCGUCGCCGGCCAGAACAUCGUCCGCAUCUUCAGCAGCGACACCAUGCGGCUCAAAAGCGCCGUGGCUCUGGCCUUUAACCCGGAAGGGCUUGCGGCGUACGGCGACGAAAUCUUCGUGACCGGAAACGGGCACAACAUCCACGUGUUGAAGAAGAGUGGAGACAGCAGACGCGUGCUUCAUGUCGAGGGGGUGCUGUCCCGACUACAGGGAUUGGCAGUGGAUACUACCGGUAGAAUCAUCGCAACUGAAGGGCGCCAAGUUUUCGUCCUUCUCCCAGAUGGAACCGAGGUCUGUACAUUCGAUGUCGCUUCAGAGGGUGGCCCCGUUAGACUCUACCCAGCGACCAAUAGCAGUGAUCGUAUCAUCAUCAGCGACCAAUCAGGACACACCAUCAAGCUGUACGACGCAUCCGGGAACCUGAUUCGUCAAAUGGGCGGGAAAGGUAAAGAUGAUGGACAGCUGCUCAGUCCGGCAGACGUGUGCGCAGACGCAGAGGACAACAUCAUCGUAGCAGACACCAAGAACAACCGAGUUUCCCAGUUCAACCCAGAGGGAACGUUUGACAAGCACCUUGUUGUGGAAGAAAACUACGUCAGAUUUCCAUGGGGCGUAGCUAUGACCGGAGACGGUAGACUUGUGGUGUCGUCAUUGGCGGUCGGGCAGGCAGUCAAAGUCUUCGACCUGCACAAAAACUCUUCUUAAAGAUUUAAAGAAGCCAUCCAGCGAUUAUGUUAGAUACAAUAUCUAUGUACAUAAUAUUAAAAAAGUUUCUGUCUAGCUUAGCUUUCUUUUCGUCUCUUUUGAUGUCAACCGAUUUUGUAAAAAUAUGGCAAACAAUUUUUGGACCUAUUUCAGACUGACUCAAAGCCAAGGACACUUUGACAACGCUACAGGGUAUUUCAGUUAUUUUACUGCAUAUGUAUUAUUAUGCAUUAUCAUAUAGCCAAGAGUUCGCCACGCUCACUCGGUGGUUUAUUUGGUGGUUAUCGUACCUGAUGACCUGGGAUUAUGUCACCAUAUUCACUUCGGAUUGGGGCAUUAACCCCUUUAUUAUUACACACAUCUCCAGAUGGAUAGAUAGAUAGAA